AUGAAGCUCUCGCUUUUCAGCUCGCUGCUGUGCGCUUCCGCCGUUCUGGCUGCAAGUUCGCCCCACAAACGCAAUGUGUUCCACAAGAAUAGGCCGACCGUCGAGAAGCGUGUGGCGAACCAGCCUUUCCAGCACCCCGAGUUGCAGAAGCGAGCAUCGUCCUUCCUGAACGAUAAGACGAAACAAUUCGCUGUCAACGGCUCAGGCAUUCCUGAAGUACCCUUCGACAUUGGCGAGUCGUACGCCGGGUUGCUACCGAUUUCGGAGGAUCCAAACGAGUCUCGUCAGCUCUUCUUUUGGUUUUUCCCAUCUACGCAGGUGGAGACGCCCAAAGAGGUUGUCAUCUGGCUCAACGGUGGUCCUGGAUGUAGCUCUUUGAGCGGGUUCCUGACAGAGAAUGGUCCUUUCACAUGGGAGGCUGGGACCCUUGCCCCCGUUCAAAAUCCGUAUUCUUGGACUAACCUAACCAACAUGAUCUGGGUUGAACAACCGGUCGGAGUGGGAUAUUCGCAGGGAACGCCCAACAUCACGAACGAAAUUGAAUUGGCAGCUGAAUUCCGCGGCUUCUGGAAGAACUUCAUUUCGACCUUUGAACUGCAGAACUGGAGUGUCUACGUCACCGGAGAGUCGUACGCAGGAUUCUACGUGCCGUAUAUCGCCGACGGCUUCAUUAGCGCUAACGACACUGAAUACUUCAACCUAAAGGGCAUAUCAAUCAACGAUCCCAUCAUCGGCGACGAUACGAACCAGCAAUUAGUCGUUGCUUUGCCUUACGUCGAGUACUGGCAGAACUUGAUCAACCUCAACGAAACCUUCCUUAAUCAGGUGCGGGAGGUUCAGGACCACUGCAACUACUCUUCCUACAUGGACACAUAUUUCAAAUUCCCUCCACCGCAGGAACCAUUUCCGGUCCUAGAAGGACCAACCCGUCGCAACAACUACAGCUGCGACCAGUUCGACAACUUAUAUGGUGCUAUCCUCGAGGUCAACCCUUGCUUCAACAUCUAUCACAUCACUGAGACUUGCCCGCAUCCCUUCGGCCAGCUUGGGAUAGUCAACGAAGGCGACUACCAGCCACCGGGUGCUCAAGUCUACUUCAACCGUACCGACGUCAAGGAGGCCCUCCACGCGCCUAUUGAAUCGAACUGGCAGCAAUGCACUGACGUGAACGUCUUCGGUAAUGGUACCGACGGUGGUUCCGACACCUCUCCUGGCCCAGCCAUCGACGGUACCCUUCAGCGCGUCAUCGAGUUCACCAACAACACCAUCAUCGGUUCCGGCGAUCUCGACUUCCUGCUGUCUACAAAUGGAACGCUCUUUGCCAUCCAGAACAUGACUUGGAAUGGUCUGCAAGGCCUGCAAAAGUACCCAAACACAACUCUUUACGCGCCAUACCACCCCGAAUACAACGGAGGGGCGCUUGCAGGGUCAGGCGCACAGGGUGUGUGGUCCUCCGAGCGUGGUCUGACGUUUUACACGGCGCAUCUUGCAGGCCACGAGCUUCCAGGAUAUACCCCUGGUGCUGCGUAUCGUAUGCUGGAGAUCUUGCUGGGGAGGAUUGACAACUUCAGCAACACUGCCAGCUUCACCACGCAGAGUGGGAAUUAUACGGGAAACAGUACCAUCUAUAAGAAAUAG